CUGUUUUGAGACAGAAGAGGUCCGCUUUGGUCUAAGCCCCUCUGAAACUGCCUGUUAGCUUUGGCCUCCAAGACAAACUAACCUGUGGAAAAGAAAAAAACACAACAACAAAAAAUCUGAACUCUUAAGUCUGAGACUGAAAAUCUGUGUUAAGUUCUUAAAACAGGGGUUUCAAGCUCCAAUCUGUGAGCCUUGCUGUCUUGCAACUUUUUAGAUGUAUUAACACACUUGAUUGCAUCUGAGGAGACAUUUCAGCCAUUUGAAUCACCCUUCAAGGACUACAGUUUCACACCCCUGCCUUAAACUGAAGUCUGUGGCAACAUUCAGUAUUUCCUGACUCCCAGCAUUCUGUAGAAAGCAGAUACUGUGUCUUAAUAACCAGUUGUAUUUGGACUACUAACAGAAGACAGCUGAGAACAUAAGACGUUUCUUUUCCUUUUAGUUCCUGCAGAAUAAUUUGCAGAUAUAUAUUUUUUGUCUCUACCAUACCCCCUGCUUAUCCAUCUAUCCAGGCUGAGCUAAACUCAUUGUAAAAAGAAAGCACUCUCUCUCUCACUUCUAGAUUUUAAACACAUAAUCGGAUCUUUUCCAGGUUCCAAUAUCAAUCUAACCUCAACUUUACACAACUACACUCUAUAGAUUUCAUCACCUCACCAUUUAUUAAAUACAGAUGAAGCCAAAUAGAAAGUUUCAGAAAAAUCUGGUUCACCCAAAAAACUGAAGAUACAUGUAAAAUAUGUAAUAUAGAAUUUCCGAGCGGGUGUACUUUCUCAUUUUUACUGAGUGUAUGCGCUGGUUGCUCUGUCUUUAUAUAUAUUCAGAGGAGAUGACGACACCCUUAAUCAUUUAGAAUGCUUUCCAAACAGUUAAUUGGUAGUAAUCUUUGUUGUGACAGUUUUGAGAAGCAUGAAUGAAUAAAUGAAUGAGAUUACUUUGUUUCAUAUCAAGCAGCAAAUACAAAACAGGUCCAAUUGCUUUCAUUUCUCUCCUCUCUAAACUGAAAAAAUUUUAUCUCUUAAAAACACAUUCUCACUGAAGACUCUAGGUUUGGAUUUUUCUUCUCUAACUAACUGAUCCCUGGUCACAUUUUCAAUACUUUUUUUGGAUUUGUUUGCUUCAAACUCUUAAACUUUUGCACCCCUUUUUUCUGGCAAAUUCCCCUCAUAAACUCCUUCAUGACUCACUCCAUAACCCUCCAAUAAGUCUUUGCUCCUCAGAGCUGCAAAGCCCCUCGCCUUUCUCCAGUUACUCCGUGUCUCAUGGUAUGUGAGUACGGGUGCAAGGCCAAGGUAGCAAGAUUACUUUUUUCUUUGCCCUCCACACUCCUUACCAACCGCUUACUCUGCACAUUUGGUAAGCUCUCUGCAGUUCCAGGAGUGUUUGGUCUCUGCUUGCAGACAGACAGAUCAUUUGCUGGCCUUUACUCUAAUCACAGUUGCUUUCACUCUCAUAAUAAGCACGUGGAACAAAAACAAGUGGCUUAGCCUCAGCAUGCAACAGUUUUCUAACUGAUGUAACUUAGUCUGACCUUUUUAUUUUUAAUAAUAAGAACAAAGACACAUUGUAUUAUUACUACAACACAACUUGUCUAACUGUAUUUUAAUGAGUUGCUGUGGAAAAGUGUUGACCUAAAAUUUAUGUGUCCCAGAAAACCUCCCAUUUGCUCUUUGGACCUGCUUCUCUAAUUGUCGCAUAUGUGUGUAUGCAUGUAAAACGUUUAACAUCAUGUUUUUCUAAUCAUUUGUAUGUGGCUGUAAUGCUGGCAGAUAUAUGUCAUGUAAACCAUGAAAAAAAAUUGCUAGAACUUAGGCUGAAACAAACAGAAAAUAUAAUAUUCUGUAUAACUUUUCGCUACACGGGCCAAAAUCUUAAAAGUACUUUUUUAUUAUUGUUGUUAUUAUUACUCCUUUAUUUAACCAGGAAGUUCCAUUGGGAUCAGAAAUCUCUUUUAUAUGGGAGACCUGGCCAAGACAACAGCCACCCCAAAUCAGAAACAUGUAAAACAAAAUAAUAUUACACAAUAAAUAAUACAAAUGACACAGCAAUGAAAACACAGUGACUUCUAGAAAACAAACAAUGAUGUUCUUUUCUAAUUGUAUUUUUUAUAAAACUCUUAAAAACCUUAAUGGAUGUAGGUGUUUUAAGUUUAAGAACUUUUUGUAGAUUUAUCCAAACCAUGGUGCAUGAUAGGAAAAUAUACCAAAACAUGUGUAAAAACAUACCAAAAUUGUUGGUUAAAAGUGUCCAACCAACUCAGUCAUAGAAGAUCUAGUGAUGAGUCAGAGAUUUUGCAUUUGAGAUGAAAUGUAAAGAAGCCAGAUACUCAGAAUCAAGGCUCCUUGUAAUGAAUAGCUUCGUUACGUAUGCUGGAACACUUAAAAUGCUGUUUUGUUGAAAGAACAAAUUACACUGUGAAAGAGAUUGGAGUAUUUUAUUCUUAGUUUGUGGCUGUUUUUAGGCAGCUUCUUCUCAGCUGGUACUGAUGAUGACCUGUCUUGGUAAACAAACAUAACAAAUGGAUAAAAUACCAGUAUUGUGACCAGACUUUGGAAUUAAUUGUUUUCCAGUGUAUUGUUAAACAAAUGACUUACCUCUGUCUCUUCCUCUGUAGGGUGUUUGGGUUAAAAGAUUCCCCAGGGGCCUGAGCACCUUUUAAAGGUUCCGGAAGAGACCAUUAUAAAUUGAAGGGGAGGAGUAAACUGUGUAUGUUAGUCUUUAGUGUUAAUGACUUAAGCCUAGGUAGAGACUUGUUUUGGAAAUGUUUAGUAAUAAUGUUUGUUAAAUAAAGUGAUGUUUUAGCUAUGUUGUAUGUAUGUUAGUGUAUAUGUUUGUUUCGCCUGUCAUGGUAGGUCUGUUAAUGGGAGGAGCUAUAAAAGGCUGCCGGUUAAAAAAUCUCUGGCUGUAGCUGUGACCAUGUGUGACUUGUGUAACAGGGUCUUGUACCUGUAUGUCUUCAGUGUUGGUGAAUAAACACCCAGUGGGCCUGCACCUUUUAUCUGCCUCAAGCCUCCUGGCUUAAUCAGCUGCCAAGGGCCAUUCUAACAAGUGGUGUCAGGAGAGGUAUUGGAGUCACAGAGUGGAGUUAAGGAUGACAAAAGAAAGAGAAAAGAAAAAACAGGACCAACAGGUGGAGCCUGAUGAUGGAGUAAAGCCAUCCACUGCUCAGGGGGGCGCAGCAGCUAGCAACCCUGAGGAGAAGAUUGAGGAGCUUAAUGAUUUGGUUAAAUCACUCAUUCGGUCUCAGGCAGCAAGAGAUCAGCAGAUGGAAAAAGAUGCCUCCCGUCAAGAGCAAAAAUGGAAAAGUAUGCAGCACCAGUUUCAGCAAAUACAGCUACAAGUUCAUGAAAUGCAGCAAGACCUUAGAGGUGAACCUCGAGAGUCUGGAGCAUGGCGGUCUCAAGCUGACAGUGAUCCAGGUGAGGGGACAAGCCAACCAACCAAUCCUAUCAGACCAGAGAGGGAUCUCAGCAUGCACAGAGAACCUAAAUUGCAUCCUCUUUCACCUAAUGAUGAUAUUGAAAAUUUUUUGACUACUUUUGAAAGAAUGGCUCAAGUCUGUCGAUGGCCAAGAGAUGAAUGGGCUAUCCGGCUUAUUCCCCUACUGACUGGUAAGGCACUAAGUGCUUAUGUCUUAAUGGAUAUUGCAGACUCAGAAGAUUAUGAAAAGGUGAAGGCAGCCAUAUUGCAAAAAUAUGAGAUUACAGCUGAAACCUAUCGGCGACGCUUCCGUUCUGUGGACAGCUUUCCUGGGGAGACUCCGCAAGAGCUUUAUGUGCGCCUCAAGGACAUGUUUUCCAAGUGGGUUAAACCAGACAAGGCAACCGUGAAAGAAAUUUCAGAGACAAUGAUCCUGGAACCGUUUCUGCGGAUGGUCAACCCUGAGCUGGAAGUGUGGCUUCGUGAGCAUAACCCAAAGACAGCAGAGAAUGCGGCACAACUCGCAGAGGUCUUCACAGCAGCGAGACGAGGGACAAAACACAGUACUUUUGCCCGGGACAUCAACUUUGCCCACAAAAGCAGGACAGGUGAGCAGGACGAUCUUCUGCCUGGGUUUGAUAUGGAGAUCAUGCCAGAGUGGGCGUUUGUGGGCUCCGUGGUCCUGGGCAGCAUCCUGUUCUUCUUGUUGUUGGGGAUCUGCUGGUGCCAGUGCUGCCCUCACUCCUGCUGCUGCUACAUCAGCUGCUGCUGCUGUCCUGAUACCUGCUGCUGCCCACGACACUUGUAUGAGGCGGGGAAGAUGGCGAAGACCCGACAGGCAGCUCAGGUUCCUGCUCAGGUUCCCAUGUAUCCUUACUACAUUCCCAGUGUUCCUACUGUGGUCGCUCUUUCUCCUUCAUCCCAACUGGACCCAAAGAUAUCAUCGAUCACCUCAACAGAAAAUAACCUGGCUGGAGCCAGCAGCAUGUCAGAGCUGAGCUCCCUUCACGAAGGAGGGAACAAUGAUUUCAGACGCAACUAUCAGACAGUCCAGAUGAAGGCGAUGCCACCCAUCCUGGACCGAGAGGACCAGGUGAGAGCAGCUCCGCCUGCACAGAGUCGGAGGCCCAGACGAAAUGAUGAUAAUCUCUCCGACGAUGAAUUGGAGCGAAGGUGGAAUCCCCGCUCAGAGCACCUGCAGAGGAAGACGUUAAGCAGGCGAGGCCGCACCGGCUCCCUGGAUGAGCUGGAGGAGUUUGCUCGAUGUUACAGCUCUCAUGCUGGACGUCCUGAGCCCCCAGACCGACUGUAUGGGCGGGAUUAUAGCCCUCCGAGACGUUUCUACCGAGAUGAAGAUAACUGGGGCCGCCGUAGCCCCUCACCUUUACCACAAAAGAGAAGGGAUACAUGGGACAGUGACCGUCCCUCUCGACCACCCCUGAGCAAAAGUUAUGACGAUGGCUUCCUUACCAGCGUGCUGGAUAGGAAGGUGAGAGCACGGGGAGGGGACAGGGGUGCUGGGAGAGUGGAUGAAGACAGUGACACACCCUCUAAAGGCAGCUCCAGAGGAAAAGGCAGCGACAGCUACUACAGCCGGUCGCCCAGCCACCGUCCAGAUGAGGAUGACCCUCUGCCUCCAUACUCUGAGCUGGAGGCAGAGCGGUGCCGCAGGGCUGGCCUGACCACAGACAGGUACCGCACAGCAGACCCUCCCCGAUCAGACAGAUACAGGACCACCGAGCCAGCCUCGAGGCCUUUCUCCUACACUCGUCCCCACCAGGGCAUGUCCCAGAUACUACAAGCGGGCAGAGAGGAGCGGGACAGGAGCCGAAACUUGAGCGCUGCACUGAGCAGGGACUCUCUGAUAGUGUGAGCCUCCACCCGCACAGAGCUGCUGGUUCGCUCGUUUUUUCCGUCCUGCAUGCAGUAACACAAGAGAAGCUAACUGUCCGCACCAGCAGCUGCAUGAAGUCUGGCUCUUCUUGAAAUAACCUCACUGGGAAACAGCAUUAGAUGAAGGAAACCAUGAGAAACAAAGAACUCAGACUGAGGCAGGCAGCCUCUCCUGUUAGUGCUUGAUGGUUUCAGGAUUAUACUUGUGCAUCAAUUAUACUGUAUUUUAUGUAUUUUUACAUGUUUAUUUUAUGUAAGGUAUGACUUUUUUGUUCAUUUUGUUCUAGUGACUAAAUUUCCACAAGUGCCAAGAUGGUUUUUUUUUGUCUGCCAAUUUCAGAAAACACAGCUGUAACUCUCUGCAGCCUCCACUCUUCCUAUUUAUGCCUCAGUACUCUGUAACUCAGGUUUAUUCUGUAUUUUUACAUUUGAAUUGUUCAUUUUUUGUGACUGUUUGGAAAUACUGCACCUUGAAUUUGUUUUGCAAAUCAUUAUUGCACUGUUUAGAUACUUUUUAAUAAACAAAUCUUUCCAGA